AUGCGGUCACCGGAGAUGUCAUAUAGUCCCGCCUACUAUCAGGAUCAAGGACCUCUUGGAACGACACAUCCUCGCUCGAUCAUCACCCCUCCACCGGCUACCCGUCGAUCCCAAGAACAAUCCUCUGUAUUGGGUCAUCCCAUAGGUGGAUCCCGACCCUCGUCUCCUAUACCGAGCUGCGACGUCAGUCCGCGCAACUCCGGCUCACGGGCACAACGGGUAUACCAUAAUCAGACACUGGGAGGAUCUUCCUGGCCCGGUUCAGACCCUCGAGAGAUCGACUCCGCUCCGGCCGGCUCGACAAAGGAAGAGCGGGCUCAGAGCAGCUGGGCAAAUCGGCCCUCAUUAAUGCCGGGGGAACAUUCCAACCCCAGCAUAAUCCGUGUCCGAAAACGAGCCAUUCCAGAUGACGAAAUAGUCACCAAUGAGGGCCAGGAUGCUCUCCUGAUGCUGUUCCGUCUUACAAUCGUCCCAUUCUACUCAUUCGGCGCUUCUCUAUAUACCAUCUUCGCCUUCCUUUUCGCCCUCUUAGUGUCACCUUUCCGUCUCUGCUCAUUUUCCCCAUACCUCCGCGCAACGACAUUCGCAUCACAACUUUGCGAUCUCCUUUCUCCUGUCCUCCACAUUCAUGAACGGCUCGUUUGCUUGCAGCCACCAUCAGUGGAAGACCGAUCAUCCUCGACCCAAUCGACUCAAUGGAUCCGCUCAGAGCCAGAUUCAGACCAACAGUCAGUCUUAUCUGAGCCGAGCGAGGUCUAUGCUGUGAUUGCUUCAUUCUCCGUCCUCGUCCUAUCCCCAUUACUCAGCAUUGUGAUCCUCCUCUUUGCAUGGACAGCCGCAUUUUUCUGGAUUUUCUCCAUGGUCCUGGGUAACCCGGACGGCACCGAGCGCAAGGAUGACGGCCGCACCGCCGUUCUUGGAGUCUGCAAAUGGUGGCGGUCAUGGCUUUGCAAAGCACGGAAAUCAUAA